AUGGAGCCAAUCAGUGGGAAACCAGGUGCGGAUGCUCACCAAUCUGAGCCUGAACAACCAGGUACCGCGUCAGAUCAUAACAAUAGUAUGAUCACAGCGGUUAGCGCUGAUAGAGAUCAUGAUAGUCCAAUUACAAGUCCAAUCAUUCAUAGAGCUGCUACUGCUGGGAAUAGUAUCGAUGGUGGUGAUAAAGGUCAGGCUAGAUCAGAUAUUGAUGUUAAAUUUGAUGAAGUUAUUAAUAAUAAAUCUAAUGAAUUAAUUAAAUUAAUGAAAGAAAUUGUUGAUUCAACUCAAUUAAAAGAUGAUGAAUUAGAUAAUUUCAUUGGUGAACAAACAAAUGGUAUUAAUGAUAAGAAAUUUGAUUGGAAAAACAUUGUUGAUGUUUCUGAAAAAAUCUUUAAUGAUUAUUCAAAAGAAAUGGAAUCAAUUAGUAAAGAGUUUGAUGAAUUUAAUAAAGUUCGAUUAUACCACUUAUCUAUUUUCAACCUAAUGUGA